UUACUGAAAUCAGAAGUGGUUUUAAAUUAAGGAAGUUAAAGAUUUCAGUUUAAAAAAAAUGAAAAAGAAAGGACAGACUUCAGUGAUUGCUAAUUUAGUAUGCACUUUGAGAAAUACUGACUGCAUCACAACGGAAAUCAUGGAGGGUUUUUGUGGAAGACUUUGUUUUGUCUGGAUGGUCCUCUGUUUUGGUCCUGCUGCGUGUGCAAAAGUGACUUGCAGGAGUGAAAGCGGCGCUUCUGUAGAUUGGUUUAUAUUAUACAAACUACCAAAAAUAAACAAAAGCAGCGGGCUGAACUAUUUGUAUAUGGAUGCAUCCACAAAUGGUUGGCUCAAUGGGAAAUUUAAUAUCAAUGACACCCAAAGUGCUGUGGGGCAAACACUGGAGCCGUACUUUACAUAUAUUGAGCGAAAGACUGAAGUCUUUGGGUUUCUCUUCUACAAUGAUCAACCACCCACAAAGUCCAAAAGUCUACCUCCCUCAUCAUUUGGACACAGCAAAGGUAUGAUUCUACUAGACAAAACUACUGGAAUUUGGUUGAGUCACAGCACUCCUCAGUUUCCUGGUGGCAGCCGGGCUGCCUUUUGGCCUAAAAAUGGUGUUGAUUUUGGACAGACAUUCUUGUGUGUGACAUAUCCAUACAAUUCAUUUAAGGAUAUAGCCAUACAGCUGCAAUAUAUCCACCCUUUUACAUUCAAUUAUGACCUUCCGAAAACAUUCCCUCUGGACCUGAGGUGUGUGGCACAAAGGGAGUGCUAUCCGAAGACAGCACCAUGGAGCAGACAGCUAAAGAUGACGUCUGUAGGAGGAAACACGUUUGUCAGCUUUGUGAAGUAUUCGCGAUUUAAAGAUGAUCUGUACUCUGGUCUACUAGUGGAACCCUUAGGUGAUGAUCUUUUUGCAAAAGGCUGGGGCCGGCUGCACAGUCCUCUUCCAUCCAACUGCUCUGUGAAACAUAAUGUUUACAAUAUAAUCUCUGUGAACCUUCCAAAGGUGCCUUCCUUCAAGACCACUUUUGAUCAUUCCAAAUGGUGUGUCACUAAAGGAGCCAGUGGCCGUGAUGCCUGGACCUGCAUUGCGGACUUGAAUAGGGAGAAAGGUCAGAUGCUCAGGGGUGGCGGUGCUGUGUGUACAUCUGACCCUGCUGUGUGGAAGGCUUUUCGAAAAAUGGUAGGCGAGUUUGAAAAAUGUACAUAAAUCAGAUGCUAUGCGUAAAAUCGUGUGCAUCAUCCAUUCAUUUAAUUUUAACUCAUAUCCAUUUUUUAAGUUAUGGAAAUCACUCAUUUGUGAAAAGCCUAAACAAAUAAAUCAUCUUUAACAAAUAAAGAGAAAUAAUUUCAAAAUCCAUGUACAGUAAGUAAAUUGAAGUUUGUUUUUGGCUGUAAAUUCAUUUAUUGAUUUUUUAAUGUAUUCAUGGGUUUUGAUAAAAGGUCAAUUGAUCUCUAAUGUUAAGUAAUUUUACAUUAAAUUUGCAUGAUUAGAAAA